CACUGCCGUGUGUGUAUCAAUUUAUCUCGGCAUCGAGGUUGGUUGUGUACCGAACCAGACUUCUAUCUUUUCGAAGUAGCUUAUAUAGAAUCCUCUUGUCUCGGCCUUUUCUCCUUUCACUGCACUCCAUCUCCUUCCUUCUUCAACUAGAUUCUGAAACAAAGGAAGAACAACAAAGAUGAAAUACCUCGUCCCCACCCUCGCCUUCGCUGCCACAGCUGCAGCCCAUGGCUACGUCUCCAACGCCACCAUCGGCGGCAAAGACUACACCUUCUACCAGCCCUACCAAGACCCCUACACCACCGGCGUCAAACGCAUCUCGCGCCCCAUCCAGGGCAACGGUCCCGUCGAAGACGUCACGCUUUCCGACCUGCAAUGCGGUGGCUACACUGCUGGCGGCUUCAAGGGAUCCUCCCCCGCCGCCCUACACGCUGAGGCUGCUGCAGGCUCCGAAGUCAAGCUUUACUGGACGCUGUGGCCUGAGAGCCAUGUUGGGCCUUCGAUUACAUACAUGGCAAGGUGUCCCGAUACGGGGUGUGAUGCGUAUAUGCCGGAAUCCAAUGCCGUCUGGUUCAAGGUCCAAGAAGAAGGACGCCAAGGCACAUCUAACAAGUGGGCUUCCGAUGCUAUUCGCGUUGCGGGCGGAUACCUUUCGUAUACCAUUCCCAAGUGCAUUCCUGCGGGGUAUUAUCUUGUGAGGCAUGAGGUGCUGGCGCUGCACUCUGCGUACAAGUAUCCUGGCGCGCAGUUUUAUCCGGGGUGCCAUCAGCUUAAGGUUACUGGGGGUGGCAGCACGAAGCCGUCUGGUUUGGUGAGUUUUCCCGGGGCGUACAAGGGAACGGAUGCGGGUAUUGCGUAUAAUGCUUAUACUGCGCAAACUUAUCCUAUUCCUGGACCGAAGCUAUUUACCUGCUAGAUGGUAGGGGAGAAAAGGGGGCGGUGAGGUUGUGGGGUGAGAGGAGAAGUGUAUAUAGAAUGAGAGGUUGGCUGUAGAUAGUUUUGCUUCUGUAUAUACUUUGGGGUUGUUAGAAUGGAUAGACGUGACGCUUUUUG